AUGUCUCAGCCUAACGUCUACACGGUCGGCUGGAUAUGCGCCAUAAUAACGGAGUACGUCGCAGCGCAAGUUUUCCUCGACGAAAAGCACAACCGACCCGACUAUGUGUCCCCUAAUGACAAUAACGAUUACACCCUGGGAAGAAUUGGGAAACACAACACCGUCAUCGCUGUGUUACCCGAUGGGGAGUAUGGCACAUCCUCUGCAGCAAGAGUCGCAAAAGGCAUGCUGCUCAGCUUCCCCAACGUCAGGAUCGGCCUGAUGGUCGGCAUAGCUGGUGGUGCACCAAGUCAAAAACGUGAUAUCCGCCUAGGCGACAUCGUGGUCAGCGCUCCUCGCGAUGGGAAGGGUGGUGUGUUCCAGUACGACUUUGGUAAAAAGAUACAGGGUGAGGAACUUCAACCAACACUUUUCUUGGACCAGCCACCAGAGAUCCUACGAGCAGCGAUGGGUGGAAUCAAGGCACAGUAUGAGAUCGAAGGGCAUCAGCUUGAGGAGGCUAUCAACGGUGUUCUUGAGAGGAAGCCGAGACUACAACAAAAGUACAAGCGACCGGAGCCAAGCAGCGACAGGCUAUUCAAACCCGAAAUCACCCACGACUCAGCCUGUGUCAUGGUCUGUGGCGAUAAUGCCUCAAACUUGAUAUUGCGACCAGAACGGACCAAAGACGAGGAUAAUCCUGCAAUUCACUACGGCAUGAUCGCUUCAGCAAACCAGUUGAUGAAGGACGCUUUGGUUCGGGACAAGCUUGCAGCGGAAAGGGACGUGCUGUGUUUUGAGAUGGAAGCAGCAGGGCUGAUGAACCACUUUCCUUGCCUGGUUAUCCGCGGUAUAUGCGACUACUCGGAUUCCCACAAGAAUAAGGAGUGGCAGGGAUAUGCAGCAAUGGUGGCUGCUGCAUACGCGAAGGAUCUUCUCUGUCGAAUACCUCCAAAUAGGGUUGAAGCUGAAAAGAAGAUUGGCGAUUUGCUAUCUGGUAAUUCUAAGCAGCUCCAAGCCCAGAGAGAGCAACUCCAAGCCCAGAAAGAGCAGCUCCAAGCCCAGCAAGAUCUCGUCCAGGAGAGGCUGUCCAAAGAAGAACAAGAGUGUCUUCAGUUGUUCCGUCUCACCGAAAGGAGCAUGGACACCACAUACGAGUGGUACAAGAAUCGCGUGGAAGACCGAGUGGAAGGUACCUGCCAGUGGUUCCUCAAGCACAAGCACUUCCAGAUGUGGUUAAAACGGGAGUCCGGCCCCCUGCUAGUCUCGGCGGAUCCUGGCUGUGGAAAGUCGGUGUUGGCCAAGUACCUGAUCGACCACGGCCUGCCACAAUCGGCAACCAUCUGCUACUUCUUCUUCAAAGACCAAGACCAGAACACCGUCCGGCAAGCACUUUGCGCACUGCUUCAUCAGCUCUUCUCUCAGAAGCCGUCUCUAAUCAAACAUGCCAUGCCACAAUUCCGCAAGGAUGGGCAGGGUUUAAUCAACGCUACACAAUCGCUCUGGGAGGUUCUACGAAACGCUAUAAAAGAUCCCCAGGCAGGGCCUGUAAUUAUGGUCCUCGAUGCCCUGGACGAAUGUGCCGAAUCAGAUUUUGCGGACCUGAUGCGGAAUGUGGAGAGCCAAUUCCGCGGCGACCAUUUGGGCCAUGGCAAGUUGAAGUAUCUUCUAACGUGCCGCCCGUAUGACCAGAUCAUAUCCAAGUUCCGCGGCCUAUUGGACGCUUUUCCAAAUAUCCGUAUCCCAGGAGAGGAAGUGUCAGAAACGAUCAGUCAGGAGGUGAAUCACGUCAUUACGCGCCGGGUCAAUCAGCUAUCGGUGAAGAAGCGCCUCUCACCCCAAAUCGAGAGCCACCUGGAGAAAAGAUUACAGGAGACUACCCACCGCACUUAUCUCUGGGUAUACCUUGUGUUCGACUACUUGGAUAAAGAAGACUUUAAAAAGACACUAAAGGGGGUCGAGUCCAUUAUUACAACACUUCCGAGGAGUAUUAAUGAGGCAUAUGAGCAAAUUCUUAAUAAGACUAAGGAAGAUCCGAUGGUUCGGAAAGCUUUGAGUAUUAUCUUGGCAGCGAGCCGGCCGCUAACCCUCUCGGAAAUGAAUGUUGCUGUGAAUAUAGACUAUACAUUAAAGUCUAUUCACGACCUUGACUUGGAGAAUGAAGAGGACUUCAAGAUGCGUCUCAGAUCUUGGUGUGGAUUGUUCAUCUCCAUCCAUCAAGGCAGUAUUUAUUUCCUUCAUCAAACAGCUCGCGAGUUUCUCCUCGCAGAUUUGGCAUCGCCCACAACUGUUUCGUCAGAACUGCACUGGCAUCACUCCAUCACUACCCAAGACGCACACGCCGUUCUUGCGGAGCUCUGCGUGCUCUAUCUGAACUCCUUCAACUCCAACGUUAGUCUAGCGACAGAUGCAAAUAGGGAAGCCGGCCACUCCAUCGAUACACACGCCUUCUUAGAUUACUCGGCCCAAACUUGGGGCGCUCACUUCCGCGAGGCUAGUAUCAUCGAUGACGCCGCCAUUAUACCUUUCGCUCUUAGAAUUUGUGAUCCGGAUUCGAAGAGCUACUCGGUAUGGUUUAGAAUUUAUUGGGAGACUACACAUAUGAGGACUGCCGAGCAUUUUACGGAUCUCAUGAUAGCGUCGUACUAUGGCCAUCGUGCCGUUGUCAAGCUACUUCUCAAGAAGGACGCCGACGUCGAGGCGAAAGACAGCCAAUAUGGUCAGACGCCGCUAUCGUGGGCCGCCGAGAACGGGCAUGAGGCUGUCGUCAAGCUGCUGCUCGAGAAGGGCGCCGACGUCGAGGCGAAGGGCGGCAGCUUUGGUGGGACGCCGCUAUCGCGGGCCGCCGAGAGGGGGCACGAGGCCAUCGUCAAGCUGCUGUUCGAGAAGGGCGCCGACGUCGAGGUGAAGGGCGAAGAUGGUCGGACGCCGCUAUGGCGGGCCGCCGAGGAAGGGCACGAGGCCAUCGUCAAGCUGCUGCUCGAGAAGGGCGCC